UGUGUGUGUGUGUGUGUAUCUCUGAGGUGUGCAGGGCCUCCGACACUCCGAGCGGAAGAAGUGAGAGUUGUUUGGUGGAACAUUAACGCCAGUCUGCUUUAAGAGGAUUCAUGACCGAGCCUCUACACUCGUGUCCUCGGAGCAGAGACGGAGUGGGACGGACUUGGAAAUCAGUCAGCAGCUCCCGAUGCGACAGCAAACAUCCAAAAAGUCUCCACAGCAAAUAAAGCACCAUGAGUAAGAAACUAUGUGGGACCAAUUAUCCCAUCAGCAUCUGCUUCAUCGUGGUGAACGAGUUCUGCGAACGCUUCUCCUACUAUGGCAUGAAAGCGCUGCUCACGCUUUACUUCGUCAACUACCUGCACUGGGAUGAGGACCUCUCCACCGCUAUCUACCACGCCUUCGGCAGCCUCUGCUACUUCACACCCAUCCUGGGAGCGCUCAUCGCUGACUCCUGGCUCGGAAAAUUCAACUCUCUGUCCAUGGUAGGUCUGAUACUCAUAGCUUUCGGCACUGGAGGAAUCAAACCCUGCGUGGCGGCGUUUGGAGGAGACCAGUUUGAUGAGGAACAUGGCACCGAGAGGCAGAAGUUCUUCUCCAUUUUCUACAUGUCCAUCAACGCCGGCAGCCUUCUGUCCACCGUGAUCACUCCCAUAUUGAGAAGUGACGUGCAGUGUUUCGGUGGAGACUGCUACGCUCUGGCCUUCGGGGUUCCUGCAGCUCUGAUGAUGGUGGCUUUAGUUGUGUUCAUUGCUGGCAGCGGGCUGUACAAGAGGAAUCCUCCCCAGGGAAACAUCCUGUUGGAGGUCUGCAAAUGCAUCGGGUUUGCCAUCGAAAACCGCUGGAACAGAUCAAAGUAUGACUCUCCGAGGAAACACUGGCUGGACUGGGCUGAGGAGAAGUACUCAAAGCGACUGAUCCAGGAGAUUAAGAUGGUGCUGCGGGUUUUGGUGCUCUACAUCCCACUGCCGAUGUUCUGGGCUCUGUUUGAUCAGCAGGGCUCCCGCUGGACGCUUCAGGCCACGAGGAUGAACAUGGCUUUUGGAGAUUCCUUCAAUAUUAAACCGGACCAGAUGCAGAUGUUGAAUGCUCUGCUGAUUCUCGUCUUGGUGCCCAUCUUUGACCUCAUCAUAUAUCCGCUCGUCGCCCUUUGCAGGAUCAAUAUCACGCCUCUGAGGAAAAUGGCCGCAGGGAUGAUUUUUGCCGCGCUGGCCUUUGGAGCGGCCACACUGGUGGAGGUGAACGUUGUGGAAUCUGUGGUGGAUCCUGCACCUGCGGGGAAGUGUCUCCUGCAGGUCUUUAACGUGGCGCCAGGUAACGUGAGUCUGAAGAUCCCCGGCAGCGACGUGUUCCCAGAGCCGAUCCCAGAGCUUCAGGACCCUCCCAAAUAUGAGAUGUUUCCAGCGUCCGGCGAGGACCUGAACAUUGAAGUCACCUUGGGAGGAAAAACAUCAGAGUGUAACUUCACGUUCGUCCAAAAGAAAGCCUACAGUCUCAUCUUAUACCCCGACGCUACUGGGAUCCAGUGUGAACGAGUGGAGGACUGCAUCACCAAAAAUAAAGACGGGAAUCCUCUCCUCAGGUUCCUCAACACACAGCCGGAGGCCAUUAACCUGACUGUUGGAGGCGUGGACUUCGUGCUGCCCUCUGGUUACAGCAUGUCUCCCAACAAGACCGUGGAGCGAGGAGUAUACACAGCCAGCUGCAGCUUACCCUCACGGGAAUGUCCUGAUUUGGACCUGGGCCUGCUGGACUUUGGAGCUGCCUACACGGUCGUACUCACAGAGAAAGCAGGUAAAAUCAGUGUUCACAAGAUGGAGGAUGUAAAAGCCAACAACGUGCACAUCGCCUGGCAGAUCCCUCAGUACGCCCUCAUCACCAUCGGAGAGGUCAUGUUCUCCAUCACAGGCCUGGAGUUCUCCUACUCACAGGCUCCAGCCAACAUGAAGUCGGUCCUGCAGGCCGGCUGGCUGCUCACUGUUGCAUUUGGGAACGUGAUCGUGUUGAUCGUGGCCGAGGGUGCAGGACUGAAGCAGUGGAAAGAGUUCCUGCUGUUUGCCAGCCUGCUGCUGGGCGUCUGCAUCAUCUUCUCCAUCAUGUCCUACUUCUACACCUACGUGGACCCCGAUCAGCUGGACAAGGUUUACCUGGAGGACUCAGGGAGGGAGGAUGACGACCGCGAUGACGACAAAGUGAAGAAAAAACCCAACGACGUCCCCAUGAUGAAGACAGGGCAGAGCACCAGACUGUGACGGGGCCACAUCACGUCCUCCAUCGUCUCUGCUGCAGCGGGUGUGUGAGGACUGGAGAGGUGAUGUGAAGGUACCGUCUUUACUUAAGGAAGGUCUCUGUGAUGGUGAAGCACUAAGACGUGAUCGUCAGACGUUUGUCACAUUAAUUAAUAUAUUAGUGAAACUUUAACACCGUGAUCAAGUGUUACUACAAAUGAAUGUCAGACAUUAUAGCUGUAAAUAUUUGUUGUGUAUUAACUCCAUGUCGAUGUUUUAUUUUCUAUGACGCUAAAGAAAAAUCAGAACCUGCUCAGUCUUUGAUGAAACACGUUGGACAAAUGCUUCAGUUUGCAUUGUGGUUGUAACAGUGACACUAAAAGGACCAAAGCUGCUGCUGGUUCUGCAUGUUGGAGGCCGCUUGUUUGAAGUGUAGUAGAAAACAUUAACGUGACCAAGUGAAGAAGCUGCUGGAACUUUCUAACGUCUGUGGAGAAUCAUUUUUCCUCAGGUCUUAAAAUGUGUUUGUCUUGUUGUGUUAUUGGGAGCCAGAAUAGAAGGAGUCAUGGCUCAAAACCAGCCGCCACUGCCCGUCAACAAAAACAAAGACAACUAUGGUUAAAUGUGAUAAGACC